AAACGGAACAAACGUACUAAAAAAAAAAAAAAUAAAAAAAAAUCUGCUGUAGUUAUCUGUUCACUUCAACCUUCAAUUUUGUAUCGCCCUUGUGUAUUUGGGGUAUUUGGUCCUUUCAUCAAUAAUUCUCAUAAAUUAUCAUGUCGAUCUUCAAAACGAAUAUGAUGAUACGUUCGCUGAGCACCUCUGCUACUGCUGCUCAACUUGUCAAACCUCCCGUACAAGUAUUUGGUUUAGAAGGUAGAUAUGCAUCAGCUCUAUAUUCAGCAGCUUCAAAAAGUAAAACAUUAGACGUUGUUGAAAAGGAAUUGUCCCAAUUUCAGCAAAACAUUAAAAGUGAUGCUAUACUCAAAGAAUUUAUCAUCAAUCCGACCUUGAAGAGGAACUUAAAAGCUGAUGCUUUAAAAGCCGUUGCUACUAAGACCAAUUUAUCACCCACAACAAGCAACCUGCUUGGUCUUCUUGCUGAGAAUGGCCGCUUGGACAAAUUGGAAUCUGUAAUAAAUGCUUUUAAGAUUAUGAUGGCUGCACACCGUGGAGAAGUUACCUGUGAAGUAGUCACUGCCAAGCCUUUAGAUCAAGCUCAACGACAGAACUUGGAAGCUGCUUUAAAAAAAUUCCUCAAAGGCAAUGAGACUCUACAGUUGACAGCCAAAGUGGAUCCUGCCCUGAUCGGAGGCAUGGUUGUAUCUAUUGAUGACAAAUAUGUAGACAUGAGUGUUGCCAGUAAAGUGAAGAAAUACACUGAACUCAUCAGUGCCACUGUUUAAAUAGCAUAUUUAUUCAUCAAAUAUUUAGUAAAAGUAAUUACAUAUAUUAAUUUAAUUUGGG